UCUGUGCAACGUUUAUCACGCGUAUUCCCUUGUCACUGUGCGCCGCGUAUCUGAUGCACGCGGUCAUUGUUCACAUGUGCUGUUGUAUCGUCAGCCAAUCGCAUGGCUCGACUGCACCCAUGCUCCCUUUAUAAGGCGAAGCCACUGAAUCGUUGCUGUCUGUUUUGUUCAUGUUGCUGUCCGAAUAAAUACUACUUGACUUCACGGCAUCUCUGGUCAACAUGGCGACGAGGGUGGGACCGUUCGGGCAGAGGCAAUGACCAAGCCUGAGGAAACGGCAACGACGCCACGGCAAGCGAGGACAUCAGUGAUGACCACCACCCUGGGAUCCUUGGCCGAGUUCUGCCCAGACUCUGGCAAUAUCGAAGUCUACUUGGAAAGGUUCGACCUGUAUGCAACCGCCAAUGGAAUAGACGCAAGUAAGAAGUUGCAAGUCUUCUUAACAAUCCUGGGUGAAAAGGCUUACGUGACUCUGCGUAGCCUGCUGCUGCCGAAGAAACCAACGGAAGUCAAGUACGAAGAAGCUACAGAAGCUCUCCGAAAGCACUAUGCUCCAAAACGGUCAGUGGUUACCGAACGGUAUCACUUUUACCAGCGAAAGCAAGAGCCGGAUGAAAGCCUAAAACAGUUCAUCGUUGAGCUGAAAAGACUGGCAGCAAUGUGCUCGUUUGGAAGCUUUUUGGAAGAAGCACUCCGGGAUCGACUGAUUGCUGGAAUCGGGACGGAUUCGAUUCGAUGCCGUCUUCUUGCCCUGUCAGACGACGAAGUCACCUGGGAGCGAGUAUGCAAAAUUGCCACCGCCUUGGAAACGGCCCAGAAAGACACCCGAGAAAUGCUACCGGAGGGGUCAACCGCCAGUCCUGCGGACGUUUACUGGCAUCGGGAGCCCACCACGCAAGGCAGGCGACACGCAACGAAGACCGCUAGCAACGAGCAGCGUGCCCCCCAAAACGGUCCAAGGAAGCAACGUGGGAAAGGCAUUGUUCGCGCCUGUUAUAGAUGCGGCGGACUGCACGCGCCAGUGAGUUGUCCUUUUCUCAAAAGUACCUGCUUCAAAUGCUCGAAGCCAGGGCACGUAGCGAAAAUGUGCAAAACAAAGGUCGUGCACAAAGUUGAGGAGACCUUGCUGUCAACAGACUUGCUUACUGUUAGUACGACUAACCAAGUUCAUAGCUCUCCGCCUAUUGUGCUUAAAGUAAAAGUAAACGGCAAGGAGAUUCCGAUGGAACUAGACACGGGAGCAGCUGUGACCAUAAUGUCUGAAAGACUUUGAUGAA